CGUGGUUGGAGCCAUGUUUGGUGGCCGCUUCCAAGAUGGCGGGUAGGUGAUGAAUUCCGAUGAGGUAUUCGUCGCGUUUCAUUACUUAUUCUUAGUUUCUUUUCAGAUAUACGAUUCCAUAUAGAAAGCACUGACGGUCCAGAAGAGGAGGACCAAGAUGACGGUAUGUUUCUUUGCAGUAGCGCCCCACGAUUAGCCGCUGGGAGAGUUUAAAAAGCGGAAAGCAGUAAAUGUUACCGUAUUACCCAAUAUCUUGAUUUGCAUUUUACAGAAGGGUACGAGAUGGAUCAAGAAGAGUCAUCUCUGCAAAGUUAUGCCUCUGCAGAGGAACCUCUUAGUCCAAUAAUCAGAAUGGAGCGUUUUAUGCUGAGCGACAUCAUUGUAAAUAGGUAAGAUGCUUCGUCGUAUCAUUUCUCCUACGAAUGCACGUGUGAUCAAACUGUCCUUUCUUCCUGUCCUCAGCGUUCCUUGCAUUUCUUGUUGAUAUGUUCAGCUUUAAUCAAGAGCAUGACCUGCAAUUGAUUUUGUAGACAAAUGGCGGCAAGGUGUUGUCAGGACGCUUUGAGAGCUAGUAAAACUAAGGAAGAAGUUUAUCAUGUUUUAAGACUCAUGGUUCGCCUGUCCGACGACAUUGGUGAGUGUUAUGUGCUCUAGUUUUGCGUAAUCAUUAAACCCAAUAUUCGUAUAUAUCAAGUGUCUAGAAAUUUAUGUUUGUAAAUUGUUGUUGACUAUCAAGUUCAACUUCGUAAAAAGUCGAUAUAUUCACUUUCGUGUAGUUUAAGCGUAGUUUCUAUUUUACGACCGUUCUUAAUAGACCUUUGAGCCCGACGUCGACCGUGGGAUGAAACUGUGCUUCGCUUACAUGGUUAAUUUUCUUGCGUCCUCGCAAAAAUUUAUGCUCUUUGUGGUUCGGGAAGGCAUUUUAUUUUGUCCUGGGACCUAAUACGACUUUGGCAAAAUGCAUUCUUCUCUUUUUAAGACGAUCAAGAAAAUAAAAGUGCACUAAAAUGGCUGCCCUAGCUGUUGGUUGGUGCCUAGAUAGCCUAUAUAAGCUUAAUGUAAUUAAUUUUUGAGGUAGUUAAGAUCAGCUAUAGAUUGCCGUCGUUUGAAACAUUUUUAGCUUUUAUAGAAUUUUAUAGAAUAGACUGUGAAUUUUCUAUUUUCAGCAAUGUUUACAUCUCUUGCUGAGAAAAUUCACUGUACUAACUUUUAAGUGUACUGUUGAUUUAAAGUAAAAAACUGCAGGUUGUCAUAAAAUGUUAAAUUAAUGGCUGAAAAUUUGCAAACUAACGUUGUGCAUGUUUGAUGCUUUAAUGUCUAAUUUGACAAUACUAAUGAACAAAAUUGAUUAAGCUUAAAGUAAAAAAGUGUUUUUGAAUUAAUUUGGUUAGUAAAUAUUAUUUUGGGCAGACUCCCUGACUUCUAUCUUUUUUUCAUUUUAUUGUCUUUGUAUUGGUUUUAGGUAAAAUUAGGCAAUUGCAAUUAUUAGGCAGUGUAGUAGUUAAAAUGGAGUUUCCAGGAAAUUAAAUUUUAUUAGUUUUUACAACUUCUCUUUUUAGUUUGUGAAAAUUGACCUUGAGUUGUUAUUUAUUUUGUUUAUUUUUUCAUGUUGCAUACUGUCUAGCAUAUAUUUAGUAUUGUAAGUUGUUAGCUUUAUUUGUUUAAAAAGUUUUGUGUUGCAGAUAGAUUGUUAGAAAGUAAUGAAAAUUUCUUGAUCAUUUAAGUGUACAUUCAGUCGGCAAAUUUUGAGGUGAUUUAGAUUCCAUUUUGAAGGUAAUUCAGGGUGCAAAGAAAAUCAUUUUUACAGCUUGCCAUUUGGGCAAGCUGAAGCUAGCAUUUACUAGCCCAGAUGUCAUUUCAACUAGCCCCAAAACCUUUUUGGCUAGCAGAAUUGAUUUCAAAGUUCUUCUGUUAUUCAGAUUCCUCAAAAAACAUCACUAGCCCAUCGGGCAAGUUAAAAACAGAAUUCACUAGCCGGAUAGCAAAAUCCACUAGCCCCGGGCCAUGGAACACUACUCUCUUUGCACGCUGUAGUUUUAAUAAUGAAAAUGCAAGUUUGUUAGAAACCUUUGAGUAGGGCAAGAAACCAGGAAAAGAUAAUUGAAGAAAAUUGUCGGCUGUAGUUAUACAAAUGGUUGAAGUUUUGUAUAUGAAAUCAUUCAAGGUAAAAAACACUCAGGGCUAGUUAUUAAAACAGAGUUCAAACAGUGUUUGUCAAAACAGCAUUCUAGAACCUUUUUCAAUUUUACCAAUCCUGACAUUUAAACAUUUUUUGCUGGCCUGUUGAUCAUAUGAUAAAGGCUUACAGCCCAGGCUGAAAAACCCAUUUUUCAACUUAAAAUGCACCACGUAAGAACAAAUCGCUGGGGCCAAUUUUUUUUUGCUCAGGUUUCAACUUUGUUCAAAUAACCAACCAAUAGAAAUAGAAAAGUGUGGGAAAAUCUUCAUCUGUAGUCCUUUCUUGCUCCUUCUGAUUAACAUAAUAUAGCCAUUCUGAUUGCAUGGAUUAUUACGGUACAUUCAUUGAAAUUUGUAAACAAGAUACUGUGCAAUUAGUCAAUUUUGAUUGCAUUUUUCCAACAUCAAUUUUGCACAUGCGAAUAAUUCUUCAAAACCCUUGAAAGGGGACAGGGUUUCUAUUGACUGAUGCAUAACUGAGGAUAUCGAUAAGCUUUGAAUGAAUUUUUGUUUAAUUAUUUCUAUUUACAGAAAAAAGUAACCAACCAAUCUGAGUGAAGUAGCGGACACUAGUGCUCAUUAAAAGCGCUGUACAGGAUAAGACGUAAAAGAGUCUCAGAAAUAAUUUUCAUAACAAUUUAUGUGACUGUAUUGCCAAAAAGUUUUCAGUUUGAAUUGUGAUAUUGUAUCUUUUGAGUACAGACUCCACUGUCAAACAACUGUCAUGUCAUUUGAAGGACUGGUAAAUAGGAUGCUGCUGAUGGUAAAAACUAUUUAUGAUUUGCUUUUCUUUGGAUUGCUUUUAGAGCCAUCUGUAAGGGUUGAGCUUAUGGAACAGGUUCCACAUGUAGCAGUUUACUGCUAUGAGCAUUAUUCCAUGAUGGAGGCAGUACCGCAGUACAUCCUGUUCAUUGUGUUGCGAUUUUUGACUGACUCCAACAAUCAGGUACUGUAGUUAGGUGUGUUGUCCAGAGUUCAUUGUUGCAUUAAAUUAUUAUAAGUGUUAUACCCCUGUUUUAUCGCUCAAAGUUUACUAAGGUCUCAAUGCAGUAGUUUUUGUCCCACCCAUUAAGCCUGGUUCUCGCAACUCUUGCAAGUGGAAGUCUAGAGACGUGUUGGGGGGAGAGUAUUUGGCUUCAAAAAUUUCUUACUGGUGAUGUAGAUUACUUUUGAAUCUGGUCAACGAGCACAGAUUGGUUGACAUAGUAAUUCUGUUCUUUUAGCUAUCAUUUACAAAUGAAAGACAAAAGGUUGCAAUGAUCAAGUAUAAACACCAUGAAUUUACUAUUUUUGGGCCUGAAUCGCAGAAGUCUCUCCUGCAAAACAUCCCAAGUGGAAAGGAGCGAGGAGAAUUGGCUGUGUUUGCAGCCUAGAGGUAAACAAAUCACAGUGCAUAGGAACAAGCAUUGUGAUUGGUUUGUCGUUACACUUCUGCCUGUGACUCUAAUGAUCUGGUGUUCAAUAGAUUGUAGGAAGCAGAUUUGUGAGCAGAAAAAUGAAUGGGAACAUUCUGAGUCUCUCAACUCUAGUGCUAUUGAGCUAAUGACCUUGAUCACAAAUCUCCUGUUGGAUUUUAACUAGCUAUAAGCUCUGUCAUGACUUCAGCCUCUGUUGCUGGCAAUACCAGCCUUCAGAAUAAGAACUAUUAUGACAGUAAUUUUGAUCGCAUUAAAAUGUUUGAUGCAACUUGUGAAUACCCUCAUUAUUAGUAUUUGCCAGUAAAAAAAAGCCUGUCGUUAUGUAGCCCAAAAUGUUUUUGUACAAAACAGAAAAAAAUUGCCCAUUUGUAUAUUAAAUUACUGUGAAAAUUGAUUGCUAUAGAAUAUUUUUCUAAAGUGUCUGUCUUUAUUACCUAGGUGCGCAAAACCAGCCAGGCAGCACUUUUAGUUCUUUUAGAACAAGAAGUUGUGGAAAGAGGUGACCUAGAAGUUUUACAUUAGUUUGUAAACAUGUACAAAUAGCCCUGGAAGUGCUGUUUGCAGGGCUAUUUUUAAGACUUUAUUAAAGCAUUCUUUGUUAUGAUGACAAUUAGGCCACUAUGAGCAAACACAACAAUUUUCAUAUCAAGUAAGUGUCACUGAGGGAAACCUGACCCUGACCCCUGUUGUAUGAAACACUGUUUUAGAGUCAACUCCCUCUAUAGGGGAAAUUUUAAGGACCUCGCAUUAGUGUCCUCAUUGGUGAGAGUCUGUAACAGCUGCAGUUUAAUGCAGUCAAAUGUCUUUCAUUUUUGCCUGGGAUUUACAGAGAUGUCACUAAGAUAUCAAGGUGCUGGGUAAAUACAGCAAGUAGGCGGGGACUAAAUUAGCUGGGGAUAUUAUUUGGUUCUAUUUUUCUUAUAUUUUUCUUUGAAAGUAGCUGGGGGCCACAUCCAUGGUAACAUGGGGGAAAAUCACCGGCCCCCAGCUCUUAAUGACAGCCCUGGAGAGUCCGUAACAGCUGGAGUUUAUUGCAGUCAAACAUUUGUAUUUUAUUUUUACAUGGGAUUUACAGGGAUGUCACUAAGAUUUCAAGUUAUCGGGUAAAUACAUGUACAACAAGUAGGCGGGGAAUAAAACAUCUAGGGAUCAUAUUUUUUGGUUCUAUUUUUCUUCUAUUUUUCUAUCAAAGUUUCCGGGGGCCAUGUUCGUAGUAGCCUAGGGAAAUGACUGGCCCCCGCCUCUAAAUGACAGCCCUGGAUUUAGCUGCUGUCUUUAUUAUCGGGUUGUCUGUUAUAGCAGGGUGUUCACAAAGCAAGAUUUGACUGUAUAAGCAUGAAGAAGCUUGAAAAGUAAAUUAUUAAUACACAAAUCACUCAAUUUGUGCAAAAGUAUUUAUUAAUUUCUGAGCUUUUCUCAGUGCUCUAUGGUAUUGUUUUUCUUAUUAUUAUUUAUUUUUUUACGUUGAAGAUUGUAUUUGCAUGUGCAUUUCAUAUAAAGAAUGAGAACACUGGUUUUUUCAUUUCACACUUGACAAUGACAACUUGUUGUAGUCAAAAAUUGUGUUUUAGAGACAAUUUUUCUCAGAAAAAGUUCUAAGUAUUCAUCUACAAGACACGCCCAGAGUUUUUCUGGAAUUUUGACUUUUUUCACACACAUUGUACUUUUAUCUGUUUUUUUUUUUACAGAGGAUGUUGAAGAACAAGUAUGCCCUGUUUUACUGCAGCUCACAGCAGGGGAAAGCAAUGAUGAUUACAGAUCUGAAGCAGUUGCUGUAAGUUUUUGACAAUGAUCGAGCCAUGAAUGCAUGUGUUUUACCUUAACCCCUUUAUGCCCCAAUAUCCACAUACAAAUUCUCCAAACUGAUCUCCACACAUUUCCUUUAAGAAUUAGUUGAGAGAAUUUGUUUGAAGAUCAAAGCAUUUCCAUGAGAUGAUUACUUUAAUAAUUCUCACAACAUUUUCUCCUGAUUAUGUAUUGAUAUUAACAGGAGAAAACUGACUUUGAUCACUCUCGGGAGUUACAGGGUUAACAAGUUAAGUACAUAGGUGCAAGACCCAUCCGCUUUUUAUCACUAAUGAUGGAUUGAAUAAGGCUGUAAUGGACUCCUGUUCUAAUAUCAAACUCUCCCUUUGAUUCAUAAGAAUAAAAAAGAUGAAAAUUGUACUUAGAAUCUAGUGGUUUAUCAAACGUCCCUUGGCUGUUUAUUCAAGGCAUCACUUAAAAAGGUAGUCCAAAAUGUCUUUGUUCUGAACCUUUAACUCCUGAAAUGUUUCUUCUUUCUUUAGUUGAUGAGUAAGAUGGCUCCACUUGUUGGAAGAGACAUUGCAGAGCGCUACUUUUUACCUAGAUUUGAGGUUCUCUGCUCGGAUCCUCUUUUUCAUGUCAGAAAGGUGAGGGCAAAUAAUAAUUAUGUUGGUAUUGAAUGAAAUUUGCGAGGUUUAGCCGCCAAGUUCAUAACACUGGGAAAUUAAGAUCUUGAGGUCAGAAUUCAAGCCAUACUGUCCCAUUGUUUCCAUAGGCAAGAAAUUUGCUCCACUUUGUCACUCUUCACCCAGGUUUAUAAAUGGGUGCUGGCGACACACUGUUGGAGGUCACCCUGUGGUAGACUAGCAUCCCUCCAGGGGGUGCAGGGGGUAGAGUAGCAAUACUCCUGGUACUUUGUGCUACAAAAAUAGGGUUAACACUUGCUGCCCACACCUCCGCCCACUUUAAUGAAAUUAACAUCUGGUCAAUCUGUCUUAAAGGUGUGAAAAACAUCUGCUUACCCGAAUAUUUUUGACUCAGGGAAUUCAAAACAGUAGCUAAUAUAUUUUCAAUCAUUUUUUCUCUGAAAAACUAGCACAAGCUUAUUAAUAUUUCUUUGAUGGAGUAAUAGCAGCUGAAGUUUCAUUUUAAUAUUAUUACUGGCCACAAAAACUAGAAAGCAAAACUUAUGCAAGAAAGAGUAUAUUAACUAGGGAAUCAGUCACCUCUCAUUUGCCGUAGGGCGUCAAAACUAGUCUUCAGACCUGUAAAUAGGAAAGAACUGUGUUAGACAAAUUGUGUUAGAACAAUCAGAAAUACUUUCAGAUUCUGGCUUUGUUACAUUUAAUCUGCUAUACACAAUAUAAAAAUAUCAUUCCCUCACGAAACUUAUUGUAAUAAAUGUACCAUUUUAAUUAGGUCUGUGCAUCAAACUUUGGUGAGAUGUGUAGUGUGCUGGGACCGGAAGUAACAAGUGAUCGAAUGGUAGGUUUCUUCAAAUUCCAUGCAUAUGAAUUAUAUGAAAUUAUAUUUUUAUUGAAGCAGGAAGAUUUCAAAUGUUUGGUCAAAAGAACCUAUAAGUAUUAUAAUAAUUUCUACCAAAAAUUAUGUUAUAUACUUAUGUGCCCAACUAAAGUUUACAAGACACUCUUAUGCAGGGUUUGAGCUAGGAUUUGAUCACUGGGGGACAAUUUGUCCCCUUGGCUAAAAUUUUAGGGGACAUUUUCAUUUUUAGGGGGACAGAAAUUUGUACACCCUUUGCUGAUGCAAAGGGUUUGUCGUCUUAGCAGGGCUUCUGAUAGGUCUCGGAAGAAAAAGGCAAAUUUUGCGGGAUUUUUAGGGACAAAUUCGUGGAAAAAUCGGCCGAUUUCGCGGGAGUUUUCGGGGCAAACUUCACCGAAAAGCAUUCCGUAAAAAACAGCCAAUUUUGUGGUUAUUUUCAAGGCAAAUUUCGCUAGAAAUCGAUCGGUUUUGCACUGAUCAGACCAGCCUUUUUAACGUUUUUCUAACAGAGGUCAUCAUUUGCCCUUUUUAACAACAAAACGCUCCAGAAAUGAACCAAUGGCAAAGCCUUUAACAUCAUGGCUAGUGCCCAGUUUUUGACAACAUAAUCUGUUUGCACGUUUCAGUGACGGAGUUCCAAGAUACUUUUGCAAGUUUACGGCAAGUAAAUAGCCCGUAUAGCUGAAAUAAGUUUCAAUUAUGUUGUACAGACAUGUAUUUGAUAAGAUUUCUACUGAAUUUCGCGGUAUUUUUCGUGUUUUUUGGAAUUUCGCGGCUCCGCGACCGCGCAAAAUAUCAGAAGCCCUGUCUUAGAUUUCCGACAAAAAUAGCAGUAGAGCGUGACUGAAACGUAACUUUAGAAUGAACUUUAAACGUACGAUAAAAUAUACUUUCCACGUUCUGUUUCAGCUUGCAAUUUCUGUACUGAAAUAAAUCUUUUCGUGUGUGCUUCCUUUCCGAGUUUUUUUCCUAAAUUUUGAAGGGGACAAAUUGUCCCCUUGGCCAUUUUUUAAAGGGACAAUUCUAAUUGCAGGGCGGGAUUGGCACAAUGACGCGGCCUGGCUCAAACCCUGCUUAUGUGCAUUCAAAAUAGUUAUUAUUAGCGUACGAUGCAAAUUGUUCUUCCUUUUCACUGGCCGAGAGCCCACCAUGUGACCUGCAGAUAACUGCCUACAAAUAAUGGUCUGCUCAUGCACAAUGUCAUCCAACUGUGUUUGGCUGCAAAGAAUAUUCUGCUCAUGCGUAAAUGAAAGCACGUUUUCCUCCUUCUUGAGAUCGCUCUUGCCUGAAAAUGGCAGCUUCCCAAAGAAAUUUAUCAAAAAACGAACUUGGUGACUGUUUAUUAUUAAUAAUUGUUAUUGAACUUGGUUAAUGCAGAAUAAAUUAUUGUGAUUUGUCAGAUCAAUCAUUUGCCUUCGGCUUCGGCAAAUAAUUGAUCUGCUCACCACUGACAAAUCCCAAUAUUUUGCUCAACCUCGUCCAAUAAUUGUUAAAUAUUAUUGUUAUUUGGUUUCUAUUUUACCUUUUUAUUGCAAAAAGUUGCCCGUAUUUUUCAAGCUAUGUCAAGAUGGCGUUUGGGGUGUAAGAAAGGUGAGUGUCCCAUUAAGUUAAAAAGUUUUAUUGAUUUUUUGGUUUAAAGAUGUUCCAGUUCUGUUGUGUUUAAUUUGUAUCCAUAACUUUACUCUGUAUAGAAAGUUAUAAGUUGGAUCAAUAACUAAAUUCUCCCUAGAAUAUAAACUUAGAGUUGAUAAAAAUAAAUCUUAAAGGAACAGUAUCCCGUUACUGCGCAUGCACCAAACUUUGAUUUUUGGACAGGAUGUCGCGAAAUCAAAAGAUGUGAGGAGAGUAAGAGAAUCUUGAAAAAUCCGUUUGCAUCGCGAUUGGCCGGGUUCAAUACAACACUAAAACUUCUCAGGAUUACAGAUCAAUGAUAUAUUGUUCCUGUUAAGUUUCUAUUUGGGCAAAAUCUGGAUUUUUUGGCGUUACUUUUAUUGCCGUUGGCCGGAGGACCAAAAGAUUGGAAGCACUUUGAUGCCGAUUGAAGGCUUAUUUCUUCUGCUAGCUUCCAUACAAGCUCAGAUAAUUGUGAAAGGAAUACGCAGAAAUGAAACAGCAACAAUAAAGACUGUAAGAAAGAAACCGUUGAGACAUUGAUGUGACUGAGGAGAUCUUGUGGAGGGGAGCUUCGUGAAGCAGAAUGUUUUGCAACGACGCGUUAGUAAACUUUUAAAUGAAUCUCCCUACGGCCGACAAAAUCAAACAAACAGGCGCUACAUGUUUUGAAAAACUAGUGACAUGAAAUCAUAAUAUCAUUUUUGACUAACCUUUGUGAUGAUUCAUAGCGUUGAGAUUGCAUUUUUAUUUAUGUCUUUCAAACGUUUGAGGCUAGAACGCGAGCAAAUCAGGCAGAUAUUACUGGACUUGGAGCGAUUGACCUCUGACACGAGUUUCAAAUUAGAAAAUAUGUUUUUAAAGCGAGCGGAACGAGAUUUUCGGGUCGCGAGGCGGCCCAGCUAGCGAUAAAAUCGCGAUGAGUCUUCGAACCGCGAGCCAAAUUUUUAUAUAAGACGAAAGACUUCUUCGAAAGUCUAAAAUAUUACUUGAGAAUAUAAACAACAAAUCUCUGUCGGCGGUGCGGUCCGGAAGGAAAACUUGUCGAGUCAAUUUGACAGUUCUAUUGUCUUUUGAAGAAAAAACAGAUGACACUCGCGCGUGCGCAUAAUCGUGACACUGUCCCUUUAAUAACUGUGGUCCUACUGUGAUUAUAAAAUUAUGAUAAAUAAUUAUAGUCGGAUACUUUGUUAGUUUCUCACCUUUCAAGGGAUAUGUUAUGUGUACAUUUUUAUGAAUUUGGAAUAAAAGUAAAGCUGCGGUGGUUGGCUUUCCAUGGCUACUAGUGGUGUGUGAGAAACAUUAGUUUCUUUUGUUUUUUUUCUUUAUGAAUUAUUAAUGAAUUUCUGAAGCUCUCGUAAAUGACCACUCUCUAUUGUUUUACAAUGCGGUCACUUACGCGAGCCCAUUCUUGUAAGUAACCAGCUCUAGUUACAAUCACUUUUUCGAAUUUCCGAGGUGAUUGCUUACGAGAGCUUCAACUGUAUUUAAAUGAGCCUUGAGUCAACUGAAUUCAUCUUUUCUUUUGUGUAUAUUAUUUCUUUAUUAUUACAGGCUUGCGCAGAGAGUUACAUGAGUGUGUCAACUGCUAGUCCUGCUAUGAUGAGAAAGAAUGAAUUAUCACAGUUCUUCAUCGGCUUGCUAUGUGAUAAGUCAAGAUGGGUAUGUUAAUCUAUGCAAAACUUGUUUUAGUUGAGAAACAUUGGUACAGGCUUUGUUGGGUAUGUUAACCUAUGCAAAAUGUGUGUCAGUUGAGAAACAUUAGUACAGGCUUUGUAAGUGAAUCACCCCUAACUGACCAUCUAAAAAAUUAAAAAUGACCAGCUAACAGAAAAUGAUCUCUUACAAGAGAUUCCAACUGUCCUUUAACUACUGGGAAAACUGAUUUUGUUAGUUUAGUUGGGCAGUUGCCAAUAUGACUAAGUGAAGGUUCAAGUUAAGUGUAAUGCUGAGUCCUCCAAUUUGUAGAUUGUUUCUUCAAAUGCCCAUGAAGUUUGCUGUUCACAUUGAUUGAUGUGUGUGUUAGGUUUUAAGGUGAAUACAAAUUUUUUGAAGAACAAUCAUGGCAAACUUAAGGAAAGUACACUGUACCCUGUAGAUCUCUGAAAUUUUACCCCAGAAAGGACCCAAAUGUUAGCUUUUCCAUUUUUGAGAAGGUUUCAAAGGUUCUCGAGAUCUGAGAAUUCAUAAACAUACCCCUCAUGGGAAAUAAAAUGAUUGUUAUUAUCAGUGUUGAUGGAAUGUUUCUUUUAGGUUCAAAUGGCUGCUUAUCAAAGUCUUGGACCUUUUAUUUCCACCUUUGCUGACCCUGGGGAAAGUGGUUUUUAUGUUAACGAAGAAGGAGUUCUUUGUGCAGUUCCUCAAAGGGAAGUGGAAACACCAUCAUCACCAACUCAGACUGAAGGAGAAGCUACAGCCAGUGAGAAUACCUCUGAAGAUUCCAAAUCAGAGGAGUAAGUUGUAUUUCAGUAGGGUAAAUCUGGAACUUGUUUUAAGCUUGAAGAGUGUGAAGGCUGGUCCGUGCUGGUAAUGCAGUUCUGAGCUCCGCAAGAGUACUUAAAGUUCAAACGAAAUAGUAUGGUUAAAGACAACAUACAGACGUUAAAGAAGGAAAACAAUGAACUAAAAGUUUUUAACGUAACCUUUCUUUUGUUCUUUACCUUUUGUACAACUUAUAUAAGCUUACAUAACUUUUGUUGACGUGCUAAUUUAAUAUCAUUUGGAGUGCGUAUUUUGUGUUAUAUAGACACUGCCCACCUAGACAAGCCUUUGCUAUUUGUGGGCAUUGUAAAUCUGAAUGAACCGUUAAAAAUGAAAUGAAAAACUUUCAGCUCCAAAAGGGUUAUGUUACAUGUAAAUGACCAUGUUGAUAAAUCCAUAUUUUUACGGAGGUGCUGGGAUCUAAUGAUAAAAUAAUGCAUUGGAAAGACGCUUUGCCUUUUUAACUCUUUAGUAUGAAAAAGGGUUCCAGUUUUACUGCUGCAUGGUAACCAUGUGAGAGAUGGUUGAUGAAGUUAGCUAUUUUUAUAUCAUGUUUAUUUCACUGAUGGUGACUUCCAUGAUCAGGAAAAUAACAGCCUGGGAAAAAUAAUUUUGUUUCUGGGCACAUUCAGUGUUUAGUGAGAGAAUUUUAUAUUUGGGGCAUCACAGGGCUUUGUGAAGAUUGUAAAAAGACAUUUUCGUAAUAAAUAAAAAAGAGAUAGAGGAUUGUGAUGUCACGCGAAUAGUCAGACGAAAACAUUAAAUCACCACACUACAGCCCCUGUUAGCCUCCCAUGUGGACGUUCUUUCGCCUCUGUUGCGCAUAUCUUCCAUACAAUGGAAGGAACACUUGACGAAGCCGUAAGAAUGACUGGCUAAGCACCUUUACGUCAGAGAAAUUGCUUAGAGAUGAUGGAAUUUUCUUGGAAUUUGCUUUUGAUCAUACGAAUGAGUGACAAGUCUGACUGAAUUUACAUUAUCAUGAAGUAAUCUUUUGGAUUAAAUUAUUUUUUUAUGAAAUCUUGUAGUGUGAAAUCCUCAGAGGAAUCCAGUGAAGAAAACAGACAUCAAACUGAGAGGCAGCCAUCGCCUGAAGCUCGCACCACAGACUCUGGCUAUAUCUCGCCUCCAGAAAUCAUGUCAAGUGAGUCAGACAUUCAAAAACAGUCACAAGAAAGCAAAGACAUUCAUACAGUUUCUGUUCAAACAAGCUCAAAAGAGUCAAGAACUUUCAAGCAAAACAUGACUACAGAUCUUGAUGAGGUCGAUGAUAAAUACUUUGAUUCUUUUCUCUAUUGGAGGACACCUUUACCUCAGGUCGACUUAGAACCUGAAGGUUUUGUAGGUAUCACAAAUGUUAACACAGAAGUUAAAAAACUGGAUAAUUUACCAGCUGGUCCAAGUGAAAUAGGUGGAAGUGAAACAAGCGGACCUUCAGUGGUUCAUCACCAUAGCAAUAUUAUUUAUCAUCGUACACUGCAGCCUCACCAUUAUCGCCCAAAGUUGUCGUUUAUGCAUGGAGAUGAUGACAGUGAUGAGGAGGAUAAUAUUGCUCUUUAUUCUUUGACUGAUGAUUUUCGUGGGCACCAUGUAGACCACGGUAUUGGUCGUUUUGAUUACGAUGACUACAGAAAGCUAAGUUUGGGACACACUUCUUCAUUUGAAGAGGAUCUUCUCAUUGCCGACCACAUUACAGCCCCUCCUGUCCAGGUAAAUAGGUUUUCUUAAUAGUAGCUUGCAUAAUUGUCCACACUGCGUUUUAUGAAUUCUCCUACAUGUAUGUAUUACUGUAAAACCACAAUAACCCCCCCCCCCCCCCCCCCUUUCUUUCUCCUGUUUGGGGGGGUCGCGAUAAGAAGGGAAUUUUUUUUUUAUAAAAAAAAGGAAGCUGUAAAUUUUUCUGGGAGUCAAAAAAAAGAGCUUAAUUCCCUCUAAAAAAACAAAAACCUAAUAAUAAACCCCCCCCCCCCCCCCCCCAUUUGUUUCAAUCAUGUGGGGGGCUUAAUAUAAAGAGGGGAUAUUUAAUUCAGCAAAACGGAGCACUAUAAUGCUUUUUCGGGCAAUCAGAAGAUGGCAUUAAUUCCCCUUAAAGAACUACAAGCUGCUAAAGCUGUUAUGCAAGCAUUGCACCAGCAACAAUGUGCUAGCUCAUAUAUACUAAUCAGUUCUGCAGUGCAUUAGAUUGACCAAUGUGUUAAAAGAUUUCUCCCAAAUGCAUCUGAAGUGUGUUAAUAUGGAUGCUUAUCUCUGAGCUGUACUGUAGAAAAGUUCACAGGUCAUGCAGCUGAAGAUCAAAAACAAAUAAUCCAAACCUCCAGCAUGUGAAUAAACCAUACUGGAUCAGUCCCCAUAAAGUGUUACAGUCAUGAUUAAAUAAUACAGUCUAUACAAUCUAUUAAUUAUUUGGUUGUGAAAAAUAAGUGGGUAGGGGAGAGGAGCUUGAUAACUUUUUUCUCCUGAAAAGGGGGAGGAGGCUUAUCUUAAUAGAGGAUUUACUGUAAACAGUGAAAUUGCCUCUGCUAGUGGUGAUUUGUAAAACCUGAAAAAGAGGAUCUUUGUCUUGUUAGAUCCUUAUUCUGUAGUAAAAAUUUCAUACACUCUUUCAUGCAGUCAACCUUCCUGGGUGUGUUACAAAUCCACAACUUUACUAGCUUCUAGUUGGUUAGAGCUGUUACUACAUUUUACAGGUCAAAAUCAAAUUCAGGUUACAUGUUUUAACCUUGGUCGAUUCUCAAUAUCCUUUCUGUCCUGGCCUUAAGUCAUGAAUAAUCAGGGCUAGAAGAAGAAGGAAGUAGAGAAUCAACCUUUGUUGAAAAAUUUCAACCUGAAUUUAAUUUUCACCUGAAACAUACACAAGUAGUUGUUAUUUUUACCAGCUGAAAGAAUUUCUGGAUUGAACCGGAUUAGAACAGAUGACCCUGCAAUAUCAAUGCACUGCUAUAAAUUUUUCUCGGGUUGUAAAAACAACAACUACUUAUGUGGUGUACGAAACUGCGACAAUCUUCCUUCUGUUCAUCUCAAUUCUGCACUUCAAUAUUAAUGAAUUUUUUUAUAUUCUUUGCUAAUUUUUUCAGCAUGUUAUUCCUCAAACCCUUCUGGAUCACUAUGUAUCCAUGACGGAACCUGCAAAAGCACAAACUAUUGAUACUGAAAUAGUGCGUCACUGUGCCUUCAGUCUUCCAGCUGUAGCACUCACAUUAGGCCGCAAAAACUGGCCUUGUUUGAGAGACACUUAUGAACUUUUAACUUCUGAUAUGCAGGUAUGGAAUAAUUAAUAACAAUGCGAACCGACUGUAAUUUUAUUUAAAUGGCUUCAUUGAUUUAUCCAAGCUACAUUCUUGGUUUGCCACUAUAAAAAAAAAUACUUUUUAUGGGGGGGUGGGGGUGGGUGGGUAACACAUUACGCCAGCCCAAUAGCUUUCAUUGCAGCCCACACAUAAAGAAAGAGACAAUUAUUUGAAAUUAACUCAACAAGGUAAAGAUUACCAACUGGCUGGAGGCAAACCAGUGAGCUAUUAAAAAUUGUGGCCAAGAAGGUGAACUCAGGAGUUCCGGGAACACCUCCAGCUGCCAGCUAGGCAGGUAUUGAACUCACUGCCUACGGGGUGCGAAUCCAACACUCUAACCACGCAGCCAUAUUGCCUCCACAACCUUGAGUCACAGUGGCUAUGUUGGGGGUCAAAACAAUUCAAAUUGAUUUCUUUACAUGAAAACAGAAAAAAGUUCCCAGGAUCUGAAAAAGUUUUGUUCCUGUCAAUCAGCAUGGCUGCCAUGAUAUCAGAUGCAAACCAGCAAUUGCUGAGAAAAUUGUGUAGGAGAAUUAUUCUAUAACAAAAAAAUUUUGAUUGAUUUUAUUUUUGUUUUGUAGUGGAAGGUUAGAAGAACAUUAGCCUUCUCUAUCCAUGAGCUAGCAUUAGUUCUUGGAAGUGAGAUUACAAGAAUUGAAUUGGUACCAACAUUUAAUAGCUUCCUUAAAGACCUUGAUGAGGUAAGAAAGCAUGCAUCUCAGAUCAGUCUUGUUCAGCAUUUCCUUUAUUUGAUGUUCCAGCUGUUUGUUGAGCAGUGUAUUGACCCAUUCACCUUGCACCACCUGUGCCCGGAUCCACUUCCCCUCUACCACUUUUGAGGUCAUCAGUUUCAAUGGUCAGAGAUAACUCUGUCAUCUAACUUGUGGAGGGGGAAAAAAUCCUUCAAACCACACUAUAAUUAGCAUGAUUCAGUCAAAGAGGCUGGAGAAAAAGGCAAAAAAAAAAAACAUGUGAUGUUGACCCAGAAAAUCCCAAGAAAAUGUUGUUCCUAUACCCACUUGCACUUCCUGGGUUCCAUCUAAUCCUUAGAUCCUAUAAGCUUGUCCCCAGAUUUUUCCUACCGUAAUGAAGCCUAGUAAAUGCGUAACCAAGGAAAAAAAACAGGGCAAGAGAAGCAUAAAGCAGAGGGGGGAAGAGAACAGAAAAAGUCAAGACUGUUGCGUCACUUUUAAACCAAAAAAACUAUCUAGAAAUUUUGCUUCUGUGCAUGCCCAAAUUUUGGGAGCUGGUGUUUUGUGUCUGGAACAGAAGGCUGCAAAGUUCUUGACUUAUAGAGCGGUUUUCAUUUGAGUGUCGAAAAGUAAUUGGUUUUGCACUUUCUACACGAUGCGAUUGGCUUAAAAGAUUCGCGCCACCUUUUCAUCCAAUCAGAAGUAAAACCAAAGCCAAUUGUGACUCGCUUUGCGUCAGCCACAUGUAAUUACUUCGAGUUUUGAUUGGUUCAAUGUAUUGUCUGUGUCCUAUGUGAUUGGCCAGAGUAAUUACUUUGGUUUUGGUUUUACGACACUCAAACGAAAACCGCUCUAAACAGGGUUUUGGGUUGGGUUUUUGACACCAGAAUACAGCUUGACCUCCUUGAAAAGGUGAUUUUCUACAAAUGUGCCUUAUGUUACUGGCUGAAAAACAGCUCUCCACUGGCUCAAAGUGCACUGGGAAGCAAGGUGCAAUUGAGUUUAAAGCCGGAUUGACUAAUAAAUAGGCCAGCUUUUCAUUUGCUACAUCUGUGGUUGACAAAAGGAAGUUUUAAUCUUUAUGAAGUAACUAUUAUUCUUAAGUUGUAAGAGUAACAACCCUAACAAUAAAUUCCCUUCUUUUAGGUGCGAAUAGGAGUUUUGAAACAUCUGGCAGACUUCAUUAAGGUGAGAUUUACAUUAAGUGUGGUUACUGCUGAAGUAUUUUCUUUAGUUAGUAGUGGUCAUGCCUUUAGAGUUUGAUAGUUUGAUAUGUACAGGACCCCUGAGAUUUUGAAGCUGAGGGUUCAGGAUGCUUUUUUGUACAAAACCUAAUGCAAACACAGCAUGCCAUAAUAUUAUGCACAAUGACAGACUUCAAACUGGAAUUGCAUUUAAAGGAUUUCUUCUGAGUAUCCUUUUCUCAAAUUGUUAUUCUCUUAAAUACAUUUGCAGCUUCUUCCACCAGACAUAAGGACUGAUUACCUCCCCAUGUUAACGGAUUUCCUUACAACAGACAAUAACAGGAACUGGAGAUUUCGAUUUGAGCUGGCAGAGUAAGUGUUUAGUGUAGAUCUCAUUCUGAGUUUACGCCACCAGUAAUAAUAAUUUGGUUAUUUGCUUUCGUCAGUGUUUAUAGCACUAAUGCCAUUGUGGCUGAGCAAAUGCAUAAAACAAAUAAUCUAAUUCAAACAUAAUAGGGUUAAGAAUCCCAACUGGCUUAACUGGCUGGGGGCAAAUGAGCUGGCUGUUUACAAGCAUGGCCAAGGAUUUGAACUCGCGACUACCGUGAACAGCUUUCAGAGCAGGAAUUGAACUCGUCCAGCAACCUAACCACUUGACCAUGUGGCCUCCUCAGUUGCUAAAGUACAGGACUUCUAUUUUUUUAAAGUCCUCUGCCCUAUCCACCCCAUUGCACUUCCUUAAAAGUCAGAUUUUAACAGUAAGUACAUGUAGCAAUAAACCUUUUCUGUGGACAUAAAAGUGUCUUUAUGUUAACCUAUUUCUAUCUUUGGUUUCAGGCAGCUUAUGUUGCUGUCCGAGUUGUAUACACCAAAACAAGUGCUGCAUUACAUCUGCCCUAUUGCUAUUUCACUUGCAACAGAUAGAGUCGCUGAUGUCAGAAUAAUUGCAUUUAAGCUGGUGAGUACGAAUAAUCACUCUUUUAUCAGAGCUACAAUAACAGUCGGUCAUCAGGCAAUGUGCGAUAGAAAAUUUAUCUAUGUCCAACACCAGGACGAUUGUUAUUACAUUAUUACAGCUUUCUUCAGAUUCAAUUGCACAACUAGGGAAAAAAUAUAUAUGUAUAUAUUUUUUGUCAUUCUUUGAGGGAAAGCUAAUGGCAUUGAGACAAUAAUUUAAACAAUCAGAUGAAUAUUAUUUUUUCCAUUUUUGUUGAUUAUGGGUUUUCGUUUACCAUGUUGUAGAUUGGUGUGUUGUUACAACGACUCCAUGAGUGUCCUGAGGAGGGACCUGUACACAAAUAUGUCUGUGAUAUAAUCAAUAAAUUUGCUCAUAGUCCACAAUGGACCAGGCGACAAGCGUAAGUAUAUGACUUAAACUUACAUAAGACAUUCUACAACAUUGUUUCAGAUAAUAUGUUCUUGACCUAGUGAAGUUUGAAUUCUUUGAUAACAUUCUGUGCAGAUGUAACAGGUCAAAAUUAUAUUCAGGUUAAAUAUUUUUAACAUAGGCCGAUAAGUUGUUUCCUUUGUCUCUUAACCUUAAUUCAUGAAUAAUUAGGGCUAAGAGAUGAAGGAAAAAGGGAAUCAAUCUACAGUCUCAGUUGAAAUUGUUGGGACACAUUGCUGUCUUCUUGCCCUCCCAAUAUUGGUGUGCAAGAUUUGGUGAGUUAACUGCUAUAAACAACAUUGGUAGGAUGGGGAAACAGGGUAGAAGCAAAAAAAUAAGCAUAGGGUAGAAGUGUCCGAUCUAUUUUUGUCUGUGACUGUAGGUUAAAAAUGUUUAACCUGAAUAAAAUUUUGACGUGUAACAGACAAAAGUAAAAAAUUGACACACAUUUUGAUAAACCAUUUUCUCUCAUGAAAUAAAUUAAUGCAUAACACCUUUUAGGUAUGCACAGCUCUGUCAGAACCUUUUAGAAGAGAAUGUUGAAACAGGAGAGCAGUUUUGCCAGGAGUUCUUACCAAGUCUGCUUUUCCUCCUGUCUGAUCCUGUUCCAAAUGUGCGCCUCAGUCUGGCCCGGACCCUGUCCCAGUGUGUCCUUAUGACAGGUACUGUCUAUCAUGAUGAUGAUAGGUUCUUAGCUAUACUGUCUUCCUGCCUAAUGACAACAGGAGGAGGGAGUUACGUGACUAAGAAGAGUACUAGUCUUAUUUUAGGGUGCUUUCCUUCAAUGGAUUGACGGGAAAAAGGCUUAUAAAGGAACCCUGUAAGCCCAUGCAGCUGGAGAUAAUUUAAUGGACUGAACAAAGACAAUAACAUCUCACUGUUUGUCAAUGGACAAACAGAUCCUGGUGCAGUCAAAGCUAAAAGAAAAUAAUAAAAUAUGCGAGGACAAAAAAAAUUAUUUGCUUGGAGACUCUAUAUCCAAGUCCCAGGCUUUUUUUUAGAAUUUCACAUUACCUCGUGAGCUUUAUGAAAUAAACUCAAUGCAAACACUCUCAUGAUUUAGGGGGUCUCAAUGACUAACUUAGAUGUCAAAAUUUUUGUGGGAUGGCACCUGAUAACACAAACAUAAUUCUAAUACACUAACUCUUUUCACUCUGAGACCAAGUAAUGACAAGAGUAUUUCUCACAUCAACUGUUAAAUCUGUGGGCAGAAUUCUUUAGUGUCACCAUUCAAAUGAAACCUCUUUUGUAGAACUUAAACAUGGUACUAUUUAUUUCUCAAGAUUUUAUGGUAAGGAAUUUGACUUUUGUGGGAAUUAUUUAUCCAUUUGCCCACUGUAAGGAGUGAAAGGGUUAACUAACCAGGGCUGUCAAGGAAAAGAUUUCAAGAUGCAGACAUAUGCAAUUACUGGGCAGGAAAUUGAGCAACACAGAGCUGAUCUGGUUCUAUUUCCUUUUGUUUCCUGUGAAGGUAGCUGAGGGAAAUCCCGGGCCCUUAGCCCUUAUAGCCAGAGAAAACAGCCGACAUUUGGCAAUGCUACCACUGGUUUCCUCACCAAAUGACGUCUGAGAAGUGAGUGCAGAAAUUCCAUACUGAUGAUGCGUCACUACCCAGAUCUGGGUAGUGUUUCUGAUCGGUCGUGCUGCGUGGGAAAUUUGAUUCAACCAAUCAGAAGCACUACCCAGAUCUGGGUAGUGACGCAUCAUCAGUGUGGAAUUUCUGCACUCGUUUCUCAAACAUCAUUUGGCAGGGAAACCAGUGGUAGCGUCGCCAAAUGUCGGCUGUUUUCUCAGGCUACGGCCUUUAUUGACAGCACCGUGUAACCAAUUUCUCAUUUUUGUAGAUUACUUUAAAGAAACAGAUAGUGAGGGGAGAGAUGCAGUCCAUUCAGCCUUACAGAGGCUUCAACAUGAUCCAGAUAGGGAUGUUAGGUUCUUUGCUGGUGUUGACGAAGAUGCUUUAGAUGUAGUAUAUGAGGACACAUCUGUUCAUGCUGCUGCAGAGGCAGAGUAUAACUUACAGGAUACAAGCUCUACUCCCCAGGAGGAAAUAGAACUUGAAAAUCAAACAACCCAGGAUGGAUACAGCGAGGAGCAUUUAGAUGAAAAAUAUAGUGAUAACUUAGAGAAUAGGACUGAGAUUGGGGAUAGGAUAGAACUGCUGGAAGGCAGUGAUCAUAUGUCUUUGGAUGAGAGUUCUGUGGAGGCCAGCGAUGAUGUAAAUGCUGUCCAUGAGUUUGAAGAGAAUGAAAGAAGAUUGGAUGAUGAAUUUGAGGAUGCUGCAACAAACUCUAGAAAUGAUCUUGUGGAAGAGGAGAAUGAAAGGGAAUCUGCACCGACUGAAGAAUAUAGUGAGGAAACUUCACAGCCAUCCGAGGUAUUAUGAAAAUAUUUAUCUGUUAAUAAUGGCUAUUAAUAAUGGUAAUAGGACUAGUGCUGUGAUGAUACAUCUUUCCACAAAGCGAUACAGAUUGCGAUACAAUGUCCAGUAUGAUACAAUUUUAGAUUAUUUGAGAGACUAGACUAGAUCUCCUGUGCACGUACAAGACUGGAGAAAUGACAAGUGAAAAAUAUUUGUAAGCAUGCGUUUGUCCAACAUCCUGUCUGCCAUCUUGAUUGAGACAAGAAGCAAGCAAAACAGGGAUGGUUUUCUUUUUUGUCGUCUAUUUCCAUAAUACGUUGCCGUACAAACUAUAAUGAUCCUUAACAAGAAAAAAAAGGAAAUUAUAUGAUCAAUGGCAUUUGCUAUUUUAUUAAUACUGAAAUCAGGGCUAGCUACUAUUAGACAAUCAGAUUGGAGUCUACAUCUAGCCAGAUUUAUUCUGUGACACCACCAAAAAGCCCUUUUAUUCAAGUUCAUUAUUUACAAUCGAACCUCUCUAAUAUGGACACUGAAGAGACAGAGCGAAGUGUCCAAUGAUGUCACUUUUAUGACUCCACUUAGACUUUUAAGUGUUAAGUAGCUAACACCAGGCUCACACUCAUCUUUAAACUGCAUUUAAAGUUAUUAAUUCACAGUACAAAGACACUGUCUUUCAGUAGCAUACAACAUUGUACAUCUGAGCUACAGAUAAAUAAUUACAGACUGAUACUGUUUUAAAAGGAAUUGAGCUACAGCGCAAUGCUGCAUGUAAAAAGUUGUAAUGUAAAGCACAAUAAUAUUAUUCUUAAAGUGUCUUUUGCUGUUUUCUAAGUAAACAGUAACUAGAGUACAACAUGUAAUAGAAAAGAUCUUUAUGCUAUCUGUAGUUAUUAAAGCCUUCAAAAAGUCGGUUAUGUUCCUCUGUGCCUUUGACACUGAAUCAUUGUUUGGUAUACAGCGACUGGGCUUUAUAUCACCUUGCAUAGCUCAUCAGCCAGACUAGACAGGAUUCACCCUGCACAGGUUCACCUGAUUGGGAUUCGGGUUUCACCUGACCACUGCCGUGUCGAUAAUAAAGAGUUUAAGUUUAUAUCAAUUUACUCUCUGGGGGCAAGAUUUAGAGAGAGUCUGUAUUAUAGAGGGUUUUUCUUAAAGAAAAUUUAUGAAAAGUUUGUCGGGAUGUUGAAAACCGUUGCUAGUAGGGAGGUGUCCGUAUUAGAAAGGUGUCCAUACUGAGAGUUUCAAGUGUAUCUCUUUAUUUUAUUUUAUUUUAUUUAUUCAAUCUCAUAUAGCAUGUUUAGGUUUUACAAGAACAACAAUUGAAUUAUUUGUCAAAAAAGGGAAUUGAUUAUAACAGUGGGCGGGCAUAAUAAUGGUUACAUAAAAUAAUAACAGAGAUAAUGUUGGUGUCAUCACUAAUCACAAUGGAUAUUAAUUAGACAGUAGGAUAAUGUUAGUUGUAAAAUAUGUAAAGAAGUCUAUGAGUAAAAAGUUAACCAUUAAAUCAUGUAUUUCUAAAUUUUAAGUAAUUGAGUGGAUAGGCUAUAAGGCUUCUUCUAAUUAUUCCUUCUAAAUCUUCAGGGAUGAUAUAUACAUGUGAAAUCUAAAAACGAAAAUACUUUAAGAUUAUUGGAGGAAGUAUGUGGGCUGUUUGCUAAAAGUGAUUUGUUUUUGUCUCCUUUCAUUUUUAGGAUCCUUCGGAUUUAACAAGUGAGGAAGUGCCAUUACAAAGUGAAAAUAACUAGAAAUACAUAUUAUACAAAUAUCAUCAUCUCUCAAGUCUUGAGUUAUUUUGUGUUGACUAUCAAACUUAAUAAUAAUUAUUAUUGUACAUUAAUUUUUUUCUAAGAUAUUUUGACAUCGCAACCAAAUUCCUAUGCAUAAUAUUAUUAUGUUUCUGAUUUAAUUUAAUGCCCCAGGUUGCUUUGUUGUGAAUUGGGCAAAGAUUAAGCCUGUCCAAGGCUACUGAAUGCUUCCCAGGAGCUGUUUUUAUUAAUAAUUAAAACUCUAAGUUAAUUAUGAGAUCAUAGUGGUUACAUAUUGGAUUGCUGAGGAAAGUGUAUUCCAUGAUGAAUAAUAAUAUUAUUUGGAGUUCAUUGUGUGUACAGAUGAAUAUUAUGUUUUGACAUGGGUAAAAGAUUUGAUGGUCAGUCACCCCAUCACUAAAUUGAGUUCAGGAUCAAAACAAGUAUGAAACUAGUUUAAUAUCCUCACAUAAUCCAUUCAUAGACAUUUUGUGGAAUUUUAAAGUACUUUUUGAUUUUGAUACUCAUCUGUAUUUUUUGGAAAUAACUCAUCAAGGCUUAUUUCAUUUGUACUAAUUAAUCAAUGGUGUUAGGAGUGGCAUAAAAUUUAUUGCAGAGUUUUCAGUAAAUAAAAGGAAGUUGGGAUGUGAAGUUGACAUUGACAUU